AUGUCUGUUGCCCGAUCUUCAGAGUUUGUCUCGUCACCCUCGAACAUCUCGAUCGGGGACAAGAUCACUGACUACAUCCUCCCGGAUUGGGCAAAAGUCCUACCUGGCUUCCUCAAGAAGCUACAGAACGAGCUCUCUGGGGCUCCAGGUUCACUCGCCGAGGAAAUCUGGCAGGAGGCGCACGAUCCUGAGAUCAACCCCGAGAUCAUGUGGGAAGCCAACGUGCGGGUGUCAGACGAUCUAUGCUUGGAAGAAAAGUCCUUCCUACGCCACAGAGCCGCCUAUACCAGGCGCGGGCUAGCAAAAUAUCUCGACAUACCGGAAGCAGAUAUACAUCCUGAUGAUUUACCAAUCAUUGCGAUGUGUGGCUCAGGCGGCGGUCUGCGGGCUUUGGUAGCGGGCUCGUCCUCCUAUCUUUCGGCGCAUCAAGACGGCUUGUUUGAUUGCAUCACAUACACUGCAGGCGUCAGCGGUAGCUGCUGGCUUCAGGCACUGUACUACACAACACUAGCAGGGCAGUGUCAUGCAAGGCUCAUUAGACACCUCAAGAACAGGCUUGGAGUCCAUAUCGCUUAUCCGCCUGGGUGGGCACCUCUCCUAGCGAGUGCGCCUACUAACAAGUACCUCCUUACUGGCAUCCUAGAGAAGUACAAAGGAGUACCGGAUGCAGAUUUCGGUUUGGUCGACGCCUACGGUCUUCUUCUAGCGGCAAGACUACUAGUCCCCAAAGGGGAACUGGCCCUUGACGAUCGUGAUCUGAAGAUCUCAAACCAGAGAAGAUUCAUCGACACUGGUUCUAAACCACUACCAAUCUACACAUCAGUGCGCCACGAGAUUCCAAUCGAGGAGCAGCAAGAUGUUAAGGGCGCAAUAGAAGCAGAGAAGAAGGCGAGAAAGGAGGCUUGGUUCCAGUGGUUCGAAGCCACGCCGUACGAGUUCUGGUGCGAAGAGCUAGGAGCUGGCAUUCCCACAUGGGCCAUGGGACGAAAGUUUGACAACGGCCGCACGGUCUGGCGAGAGAAUGGUCUAGCUCUUCCGGAGAUGCGCCUACCGGUCAUACUGGGCAUAUGGGGCAGUGCCUUCUGUGCCACCCUGUCCCACUACUACAAAGAAGUCCAGCCCGCUGUUCGCAGCCUCGUGGGCUUCACCGGCCUCGACCAGCUGCUUACCGAACGGGACGAGGACAUGAUUAAAGUGCAUCCGAUUGAUCCUGCCACUAUUCCAAAUUAUGCGCUGGGCAUGCGCGAACAGCUUCCUGAUACCGUACCCGCGAGCAUCUUCAAGGAGCCGACCCUCAAGCUGAUGGAUGCCGGAAUGAGCAACAACCUCCCGAUCUACCCCCUCCUGCGGCCGGGCAGAAACGUCGACAUUCUCAUCGCAUUCGACGCCUCCGCGGACGUCAAGACCGACAAUUGGCUACGAGUAGCCGACGGCUACGCCCGCCAACGCGGCAUUAAAGGCUGGCCAAUUGGCUGCGGCUGGCCCGCAAAGGGCUCACCCGAAGAGCAAGUCGUCAAAGAGCUCGAUGCCGCGCAAGCCAGCACCGAGGAGGACGCCACAGCCCGGCUCGCCAAAGCACAGAAAGACCCACAAGAGUGCGACAACUCGCACACAACGGGCAGCGGCGACCUCAGCUUCUGCAACGUCUGGAUCGGCACCACCGAGGAGCGGAUCAGCGAGGAGGAACCGCCGCCGUCGAAGCUGGUCGAGGAGGACUGGGAGCUGACGCACAAGGAUGCCGGGAUCGCUGUCAUAUAUUUCCCUUUCCUACCCAAUCCGAAGGUCGAGGGCGUGGAUCCGCGGAAAUCUGACUUUAUGUCGACGUGGAAUUUUGUUUACACGCCUGAGCAGGUCGACAAGGUCGUUGCGCUAGCCAAAGCCAACUUCGAGGAAGGCAAGGAGCAGACCAGACGGGUCGUGCGAGCCGUCUACGAGCGGAAGAAAGCCAAGCGGCUUGACAAGGAGCGGGAGCGGAAGGCACUGAAGCGGCAGUGGAAAAUCAGAAGGGGAAUUCCUGUUGGCAGGAAGGGCUCGGGUGAUCAUGGGGAUCAUUUCAGCUAG